AUGGAGUACAACGAUGCAACGCAGGUCAUCGACGACGAGUCCGAGGAGGACGACGGCGACGCGGAGCAGUGGGCGGUCGUUGAGAUGCGCGACGGCGGCGAAGAGCAGAGCCACCCUCUGUUUGUCGACCCCGGCCGGACCGAGGACCGGUUCUGGAUCGGGCGCGACGCGAGCUGCGAAGUGACCCUCGAUGCGGCAAGCGUCUCGCGGCGGCACGCAGAGCUCGUCGUGCGGCGCACCGGCGUCGGCGAGUACAUCACCUUUGUGCAGCUCGACGCGAGCGCGCGGAACGGCGUCAAGGUGGAUGGGCGCAAGAUUUUGGCGAAGACGCUGACUCGGGUCCGUUUCGGCCAGAGCUUGCUGAUCGGAAACGUCCGUAUUCGCAUCGUCGGCCCCGGAUCCACAUCCGUCGCUGAGGAGGCGCCGGCGGUGAACGCGGCAGCAACGCAGGCGCCCUCGCGUGUCAUCGACGACGAGUCCGAGGAGGACGACGGCGACGCGGAGCAGUGGGCGGUCGUUGAGAUGCGCGACGGCGGCGAAGAGCAGAGCCACCCUCUGUUUGUCGACCCCGGCCGGACCGAAGACCGGUUCUGGAUCGGGCGCGACGCGAGCUGCGAAGUGACCCUCGAUGCGGCAAGCGUCUCGCGGCGGCACGCAGAGCUCGUCGUGCGGCGCACCGGCGUCGGCGAGUACAUCACCUUUGUGCAGCUCGACGCGAGCGCGCGGAACGGCGUCAAGGUGGAUGGGCGCAAGAUUUUGGCGAAGACGCUGACUCGGGUCCGUUUCGGCCAGAGCUUGCUGAUCGGAAACGUCCGUAUUCGCAUCGUCGGCCCCGGAUCCCCAUCCGUCGCUGAGGAGGCGCCGGCGGUGAACGCGGCAGCAACGCAGGCGCCCUCGCGUAGCGACCAGCCCGCGCCAGCGGCGUCUGCGUCGGCUGGCGACGUGGCGUCCGGUGCUGCGCCGACGCACGAUCGGGUGACUUUGUUGCCGGCUUCGCAGCUCGAGGCGCCCCAGGAGCUGGACGACAGCGCGACGGAGGACGAGGCGGAAGCGCCGGCGCCUUCUCCCGCCCCGCAAGGCGGGUCGCAAGGCGGGUCGCAAGGCGGGUCGCAAGGCGGGUCGCUCCCCGCGCCUGAGGGCGUGGCGGCGACGGAGGCGGCGGGGCCAGGGGACGGGCUCGAGGCGGCCCCUCUGUCUGGCGAGGCCGGGCCCGGGGCCGACGAGGGCGGUGCGGCGACGCAGGCGGGCCCAGCUGGCGGGGAGGACGCUGAGGAGGACAAGGACGGCCCUCGCGAUGCGUCGCAAGGCAGCAGCGCGCCCGAAAGGGUUGCCCUGCCCGGCACCGACACGCCGCAAGGCGUCGCGGCGACGCAGAUGGCGGCCGAAGCGCACUCGCCACGACGCGGCACCCCGCGCGCGCCUCUGAGGCGCGCCUCUGCGGCCGUGAGUAGGGAGCGGCCGCCCGAGCCGGAGCCAGAGCAACCGCCGGAGCGGCGAGAGCAGCCGGCAGGGCAGUCGGCGGCGGAGGUGGCGGGCUCGCGGCAGGCCGAGACGCCCGCGGAGGCCGCGGUCCCGGUGCCCACGCCGCCGCUCGACGAGGCGCAGCGCGCGAAGCUCGGCUCGCUCAAGGUUGCCGAGCUGCGCGCGUUGCUCGAGGGCGGCGGGGUCGAGGUGGCGGGCAAGAAGGCGACCAAGGCGGCGCUCUUGAAGCAGAUCGAGGCCGCCGUCACCUCCGGCGCUCUGACGCUCGAAGCAGCAGAGGCGGCGGCGGCAAAGAAGGCUCUCGAGGAGGAGGAGAGGGCCGCGGCCGAAGCUGCUCGCGCCGCUGAGACGGCUCGGAUCGAGGCGGAGAAGGCGGCGGCGGAGGAGGCAGAGCGGUUGGCUGCGGAGGAGGCUGCGGCCAAGGCACGCAAAAGCGGCGCUCGAUCCCCCGCGCCGCGGCCGCAGCAAGUCCGGAGUGGACGAGGCGUCGAGGAAAGAGACGGGGGCGGCGGCUGCGCCGGCGGCACCCAAUCCGUCGUCCCGCCGCAAAAGCAGUCCUCGACCCUCGGGGCCGCGGACAGCGCAGCGCGCGAGGAGGUCGCCCCGCGGCCCAAGCGGCCGAGGGCUGGCAAGGAGGGCGCGAUCCAGGCCGCCUCCUCCGCCCCGCCCGCCCCUCCCGCCGAGCCUGCUGCCGAGGAGCCUGCUGCCGAGGAGCCGGCGAAGCCGGAGCGAACGCGGAAGCGCGCGCGAGAGAGCGGCGCGUCCCAGUCGGCUGCCGCGGGCGGGGCCGAGCAGCCGGAGGACGCUGCGCCGGACGGCGGCGGCGGUGGCGGCGGCGGCGGCGGCGGCGGCGGCGGCGGCGGUGCGGGGGAGCGGCGCGCGAGCGGGCGCCGCUCGUCGUCGGCUGGCGCCGCCGUCUCCUCCUCCACUGCCGCGGCGCCAAAGGCACAAUCACAGCCGAGCGUCGCCUUCUCCGGCCUCCCCGAGGGCGAGCGGCUGGACGGCUUUCUCGCCACGGUCGCGUCGCUCGGCGGCAGCGUCGUCGAGGACGCCGCCGCCCUCUCGGGUAGCACUGUGAUGGUGGUGGAGCCGAGCCCGAGCGUGUCGCGCACCAUCAAGCUGCUCGUCGCGGUCUCCGUGUGCGACAUCGUGACGCCCGAGUGGGUCGACGCGUGCCGCGCCGCCGACCAGUUCGUGCCGGUGGACGCGUACUUGCUCGGCGAGUGCACUGUCUCGAGCAAGGGAGUCAAAGUCCCUUGGGACGCCGCCAAGGCGCGCACGCGCGCCGCCGCCGCGCCCUGCCUGCGCGGCCGCACCUUCUACAUCACCAAGACCACCUCUCCGGACGCCGACAAGCUCAAAAUCAUCAUCGAGAAGGCGGGCGGCGCCACGGUGGAGACGCUGCCGACUACCGCGCCGCGCUCGCCGCUGGUGGUGGUCUGCACCGACAGGGACCGGCGCGAGCUGCAGCGCUUGCAGGCGUGUGCAGCGUUUCGCCGGGAGAGGAGUGCGGGAAUGCGCAACGUCUCGGAGCUGCGUGACGCCGAGCUGCUCGCGUAUCUGCUGCAGCAAAAGACGUCGAACGACACCGGUGGCAGUGCCACCCAGGAGUGGUCGAACGCGUUCGAAUUUUUACUCCGGAACUUCAACUGA